UGGUGUAUAUUCAAUUCAAGUUGAAAUAAGAAAUGCAGGAAGGUUUUGAUUUUAGAUAAAAAAUUGUUUGGCUGGUUCUUUUCUAUUUUAAAUUUUUAGAAAUUAAUGAAGGGAUUUGUUUAUUCUUUUCUCGCAGGUUGACAUUAUAAAGUUAAUCAGUUUAGGCAGGCAGGAGAUAGAUUGAACUAAUUGUGUUUCUGAAAUUAUGUGUCUUUAAGAUCCAUGCAGUAAAAUACUUAUUAUAAAACAAAAUGUCAAUAAGCUUGAACAAUGAAGAUGCAAAGUUUAUCCACAAAGCAACAAAAGUAUUCCAUGAGUCACAAUGGGAAGAAUUUUCUAUUCUGAAACUAGGUUUUGACUACGAUGAAAUUAAAAAACUACAAGCUGAGCAUAAAGAUAAAUCUAAAAAGCUCAAGUAUGAAACAGUUAAUGUGUGGUUGAGCAAAGAAAACGAAGAAAAUCUGGAGAAACUGACCGCCCUUAAGCUUGAAUAUUUUUUCAGCAAAUCUGAAACAAUUUUUUCAAAAUCAGUAGAGGCACAACAGGAUCUUGAUGGGGGAAAAAGUAAUGAUGAGCUCAGGUAUCCAUUAAAAAACGGAAAAGGUAUCGCACUUAUCAUAGGCAAUUCUUUUGUUGACACUGAAGGCCAUAGUUCCAGAAAACCUGGAUGUGACAGAGAUUUGGAAAAAAUGAAAGAACUGUGGAGUGAAACCUUGAGAUGUGAACUUGUGGAUGACAAAGUUCAUUCUGAUAAAACGGCUGACGAAAUGAGAGAAUUACUGGAAAAAGUGGCGAAAAAAGAAAAUAUCGAUUAUGCUGUUGUGGUUAUAAGUACGCACGGAGGAUUUGUGGAAGCAGAGGAAAUUAUUGAUCAAAAAACAGAAAUUAAGACUGGUGAAAAUCAAGAAACAAAGCUGAUAAAAUAUGAAGAAAUACUAUAUGGAAAUGACGGAAGUAAAUUACAAGCAAGUGAAUUUCAAAAAAUCUUAUGCAAUAAAGAAGCUCAGCCUUUGAGAGAUAUACCAAAAUUGCUAAUUCUCCAAUACUGCAGGGGAGAAAAGAUUGAUAAAGGGGUUUCCAAAGAUACUACUGAUGCAGGUGUAUUUUCAGAAAACCAGAAAACUGAGUUAUUUACCUACUCUUAUCCUGUGGAUGCUCUUAUGCCUGAGAUGAGUGAUAUCAUUACUGUAUAUGCAACUCAUCAAGAGUUCAUGGCUCUGAGGAAUAAGAAAGAUGGUUCCUGGAUGAUCGGGUUUAUUUAUGAUGUGUUCAGAAUAUACUACAAGACCAAGCAUGUUACUGAUAUGCUUACAAUUGUGAAUAACCAGAUGAAAAACAGGAGUGGCAAAGUAGAAGGAGAGGAUUGCAAGGCAAUGAGCAUCUAUGAGUCCAGUCUCACCAAAGAUUUCUAUUUGGUUUAAUAAACAAACCAGCUUUGAAAAAAAUGUAAGAAAAACGUAGAGCUGCAUAAUAAUUAAGACUUGAUUUAUCCUUGUAAAUAUUACAUGAUUCGUGGCUACCUAAGACUCAAUACUUUGUGACCUCGUCGUACUGGCAGAAAUUAUCAGUGGAGACUUUAAAACAGUGGGUCUCAAACUCUCAUAAUCCGUGCCUCCCUCACAAAGAUUCUCAACAUUGCAUGCCUCCCUUCUAUGAUCUGUAGCUGCCUUCUGAGACUCAAUUAAUGUAGUCAUGGUUAAUAGUACCUAGUAAGGGGCUCCCGAAGUAUGCGAACCAAGAUGGCGGACAUCGGAAUGUAA